AACAGUGAACGUUUUGCACACAACGGGUUGAAAAGUUGCCUAACUCGGAAAAAACGUAGUUCUUUACUGAACCCAUCCAGUCACCAUAAUCCCACAUGAAACGAGGUAAACUACAAAGCACAGCAACGUCCACAGAGUGGGCAACCGCCCACGGAACUGGCUAAACUACAAAGCAUAGCAACGUCCACAGAGUGGGCACCGCCCACGGAACUGGCUAAACUACAAAGCACAGCAACGUCCACAGAGUGGGCAACCGCCCACGGAACUGGCUAAACUACAAAGCAUAGCAACGUCCACAGAGUGGGCAACCGCCCACGGAACUGGCUAAACUACAAAGCACAGCAACGUCCACAGAGUGGGCAACCGCCCACGGAACUGGCUAAACUACAAAGCAUAGCAACGUCCACAGAGUGGGCACCGCCCACGGAACUGGCUAAACUACAAAGCAUAGCAACUUCCACAGAGUGAGCGUCGCCCACGGAACUGGCCAAUCAGAACGCUCACAGAAGUGGCGGUAAAACCAUCGCGAGACCAGACAACAGUUGCUAUGCUAGCUGUCUACACAAAAUCGCCUCACACUACGACUUUCGUAAUACAACAAUUAACCGCUACGUCGGUAAAAUACGAUAUAUAUAUAUAUAUAUAUAGAAUACGGUAUAUAUACGGUAUAUAUAUAUAUAUACCAGUGUUCAACUGGAAAGGCGAACUACACCAAAGAUAUCUCCCACUUAAGGAAAAUGGAAACAGUUGCGGGUCAGAAAGAGAAGGCGAAGUUUGCCCCGCUGGUGCCCCGUGAGAAGAAGCCAGGGCAUGGAGAGAAAGGAGAGGUGAAAAAGAGUGAGAAUAAGUGGAAAGAAGAGGGGGGUGGAAAUAAGGAGAGAAACAUUGAUGUAGGAAAGAAGACAGGAGAAUCAUGUGAAGGAGAGAGAGGAGUAGAGAGCAAGGCUAAGGCCUCUGAGUUAGAGAAGAAAAGAGGAGAACGGAUGAAGAAAGAAGGUAAGAAGAAGAUGGCAGAUACAGAAAAAGCGAGGGCUGCCGUUGAAGGGUUACCCCAACAACAGGAAGGUGAAGAGGGAGAGAGAGGAGGAGGAGAGGGAGUGAAGGAGAAUAAAAAACAGAAAAAUAAGGAGGAAGACCAAUCCAGUAAGGAAACAGAUCAAGGGAAGGAGAGAAUGAAUGUGAAAAAGAAGAAAGAGAAUGAGAAGGUCAGAAAGGAAAGGAAAGAGACGAAAAAGAAGAGACAGAGGGAUGAGACAGAGAGCAAUACGAAGGUGCUCCGUCUAACAGACAGUCAGUGUGAUCAUAUAUUUGAUAGUGCUACGGCUCUGGAGACACCUGUAGACCACUGUCUGGAGGAUGCCAGAGAUGUGCUGAGUGAGGUGGAGUUGCUGCAGGCCACCAUUGACCAGGUCUCUCUCAGGGAGGAGGAAGAGCCUCGCAGGAGAGAGUCGAGUGAGAGAAAGACUCCAGCGUCCGGCUCACACACACAGAGGAAGAGGCAGAGAAAAAGAGAGGAAGAGGAAGACAGCGACUCCAGUGCAGAAUUUGAUCAGUGGGUUCAGUGUAGUAGGUCUGUCUGUGGGAAAUGGAGGAGAGUCGAGAGACAAGUUGAUCUGGCUGCUCUUCCCAGCGACUGGACCUGUACACAUGACACAGGCCCUGGUCUCUGUGAGGCUGCGGAGGACAGCUGGUCGGGAGAAGAGUGUGAUGUCAUCAACAGCAGUCUGGUUCCUGGGUCUCUGGUCUGGGCUCAACAGAUUGGAUAUCCUUGGUGGCCAGCGAUAGUGGAGAGAGAUCCCGACACCAAGACAUUCUGCCAGUUCAACAGGAAUACUGACCUGUACCCUUGCAGGUACCAUGUAACCUACCUGGGGGAACCAGCCAGCAGAGCCUGGGUGUGUCGGUCUAAAGUCAGAAAUUACACAGAACUCACUGAGGAUGCCGCCAUCACGGGGAAGUCUCUCCAGAGAUUCAAGAAGAAGUUGAGAGAAGCUGUCCGCAUAGCAACACAAGCCCAGAGUAUUCCACUCAAGAGGAGGUUGUCUAGGUUUGGGUUCUGGAUUCAACAAACGUCAGACAGAGAGAGCUCAGAGGACAGCGACAUUGCUGGAGCAACAGUUGUAGAGGUGAUGGAGAUGCUUCUGGACCAUGAAAAGAGCAGGAGAUCAGCAUACAUCAGAAACAAGAAGUCAGCUGUGGUGAAAGCUGCUAAGAGACAGAGUGACAGAGAGCAGAGUGCUAAUCAAGUCUCUCUCACAGAGCCAAUUGGAGGGGACCUGAACGAGGGAGGAAAGGGAGUGAAAGAGAAAGUUGGCAAGAAGAAAAGAGGAGAGGAGGAGGGUAAGAAGAGAGUGACGUCUCCCUGGUUCUCCAAACUAAAGAAAGGCAGCGCGACCACGGCCAGACCAGCCCCUCCACCCAGCAAAGACCAGACUGUACCAGAGAGAGAGAGAGAGGAGGAAAGACCAAAAGACACCAGUAAAGGAGAAGAAAGAAAGGAACUGAGAGAGGAGAGAAGCCUGGAAGAGGAAGACGAGGAGGAGGAGUCUGUUGAGGAGGAGGCAGGGGAAGAGGAAGGGAGAGAAACAGGAAAAGAAGGAGAGGAAGAACAGAUGAAGAAAAAGGAAAGGAAGGAGUUUGUAAAGUCUGUGUUUGGAGGGGAGGGGGACGACGGAGGAGAGGAUUAUUUCUUAGAUGAAGACAUGGAGAUUCUGGGCUGCAGAGAGGAAGUGAUGAAGAGACAAGCUCAGGAAGAGGAGGAUGACUUCUCUAUCAUGCUGUUUGAGGAGGAGUAGAGAGAGGGAGGGAAGAGGGGGGAUGAAGGGUGGAGAGAGGGAGGAGGAGAGACUUUUGGGGGAGUAGGUAACAUAAUCUCCUGCUGUUCAGGUCAGGAACUGUUGAUGUAAAUAGUUGAGUUCAGGUAUGUUUGUUAUGUGUUGGGUUACAUUAUAUCAGUUGUAUAAUAUAAUAAACAGUGAAUUAUUCGUUUCUAA